AUGACAGACCACGUUCCCAUCGAAGAUGCUUUAUUUGAAUCACUUUUAACCAAGGAAACUUUUGACGGAUAUGAAGAUCCCGAAAAAUUCAAGGAAUACAUUCCCAAAAUUGAAAAAUACAAGAAAGCAUUAGAGGAUGGAAUUUUGGAUGAGUACAAGAUUGAUUUACCUAAACCUAUUGACGAAUUGAUUGAAGAACAACUUGAUGCCGUUGAAUACUUAUACCAAGCUAAGCUCCUCACACCAGAAGAGUUUGAGAUAACCGAUUCAUCCGCCACCGAUAUUGUAAAAAAUAUCGGCGAGGGGAAGUGGACUGCGGCUCAAGUUUUCAAAGCUUUUGCACAUAGAGGUACAAUUGCUCAUCAAUUUACAAAUUGCGCCCAUCAAUUAUUUGUUGAUGAAGGUUUGAAACAUGCGGAAAAGUUGGACGAGUAUCAAAAGAAGAAUGGCAAACUCAUCGGUCCAUUACAUGGUGUCCCAAUUUCGUUGAAGGAGCAAUCAGGAUACAAGGGAAAAAUCACCCAUGCUGGUUACGUGGGGCUAAUUGAUAACAUUACAACCAAACAUUCCGUCACCACACAACUCCUUUCCGAUUUAGGAGCUGUGUUCUACAUCAGAACAACACAACCACAAACCCUUAUGCAUUUGUGUUCGGGAAACAAUUUUUCAGAAAAGACCAAAUGCCCUUUCAAUAUUGCGUUAUCAAGUGGAGGCUCGUCCUCAGGAGAAGGUGCGGUUGUCUCGUUUGGUGGAUCAGCCAUUGGUAUUGGAUCUGAUAUUGGUGGAUCGGUGAGAUCGCCUGCAGCCUUCAGCGGAUGUCAUGGGUUGAGACCUACUACUCGAAGAUUGUCGACAUUAGGUGGUGUUUCCUCCGGUGCUGGACAAGAGUCAGUGCCUGCUGUAUAUGGCCCAUUGACUAGGUCAAUCUCUGACAUUGAGUACUUGAUGAAAGUUUACAUCAAUGAAGGGCGCCCAUGGGACCACGAUGCUUGGUCUUUGUAUAUGCCUUGGAGGGAUGUACCAAAACCACAAGCUAGAGAUUUGACCAUUGCCGUGAUUAGGGAUGAUGGUUUGGUAAGACCAUCCCCACCAAUUAGACGUGGUGUCAACACGGUUGUGGAAAAAUUGAAAGAGGCUGGGGUAAAAGUUAUAGAGUUUGAUCCACCAAACACUGAAUUGGCAUAUGAAACAGUCAACAAAAUGUAUUGCUGUGAUGGUAAUGAAAAACAACGUGAGUUGUUGGCGAAAAGUGGUGAACCAUUACAAAAACUUACAAAGUGGAGUUUGAAUUAUGGCGAAGGUGCUAGACACUAUACCAUUCAAGAGAAUCGUAAAUUAAAUGUGACCAGAGAUGAAUUGAGAAAUGAAUACAAUGAUUUUAUGGUGCAAAACAAAGUCGAUUUCAUCUUAUCACCUGUGUACAACAAUGUUGCACCACGUCCUGGCCGUGUUUACAACUGGUCAUACACCACAUUGUUCAAUAUCUUGGACUUACCAACAUUGGCAUUCCAAACCGGAUUGAACCAAGACCCUAAAAUAGAUGUGUGGACCGAAGAGGACAAAAAGUAUAAAUUUAGAUCAAAAUUAGAACAGUUAGAGAACAACAAUUACAAGCCGGGAGAUUUCAAACAUGCACCAAUUGCCUUACAGUUGAGUGGAAGGAGAUAUCGCGAUGAGGAAGUUGUCGCUGCUGGAAAACUCAUUGUUGAUGAUAUCUUGAAGGUCAAUUUAUUACACUAA